CAAUUUUGAAAUUGGGUAUGGGAUACUUUGCCUUAAUGACCGUGUCGUACACCUGGAGUAAGUACAAAAACCUGUGGUGUAUUGAUGUACAGAUGGAUGAGUGUCAAAUAAAUGCUUUGUAUUUGCAAUAGAUUUCACAACUGAUAUUUCUGUGUCAUGGAGAUGACGUACUUUAUGAACCUACUGGAAAUGAGAAGGUUUCGAAAACAUAGAAUGAUCUUUUCUAUAUUGACCAUAAUUUUAAUAUUGAGUCUGUACAGUUUCAUUCGAAAGGAUAAACGAGAAAACAAUGUCGGGACAUAUGAAUGGAAAACUAUUUUACUGUAUAACUCAUUUUUUGAUAUAAAAGGCUGGGAAUUCGGGAUAGGAUCUGAACCUUUCAAAACAAAAAAGUGUCGUUACAAUAAGUGUAUAAUUACACAUGAUCGGAACCUCAUAAAGGCAAGUGACGCAGUUGUAUUUCACAUUGCUGAUCUAGAACGUGAUAAACCAAAAUUCAGAUUCCCACAUCAACGCUGGGUGUUUUUCCAAAUGGAAAGUACAAUUAAUCAACGUAAUUUUGAGUACAAAAAUUGGAAUGGUCUGUUCAAUUGGACGAUGACUUAUCGAAGAGAUUCUGACAUCCAUAUAAGAUAUGGUGCUGUCUUGCCAACUUCUGACAUUAAAGACAUGUAUUACCAUCAUAGUUCUAAUGAUAUGAGUCUAAAUGUUACCAAGAAGACGAAACUUCUAGCUUGGAUGGUUAGCAAUUGUAAAACGCAAGGGAGAAGAGAGGCGCUAGUCAAGCAGAUAGAGGUAUACGUUCCAGUUGACAUAUAUGGCAAAUGUUCAAAUGGAAAAUUAACGUGUCCAAAAAACAAAAGUGCACACGACCGGCAGUAUGAUUGCUUUACGAUGCUUGGAAAUAAGUAUAAGUUCCACCUUGCGGUUGAGAACUCUCUAUGUAAAGACUAUGUCACGGAAAAACUCUUCAACACUAUGACAUACGGUAUGGUUCCCAUUGUCUACGGUGAUGUCGACUAUUCUGAACUCCUCCCACCACAUUCCUACAUUGACAUCACCAAGUUUAAUAGUGCAGGAGAGCUUGCAAAGUUCCUUACUGAAUUAGACAAAGAUGACGCGAGAUAUGAAGAAUAUUUUGCUUGGAAGAAGAAGUACACUGCGUUCAGUUACAGCGACAGUUACCAUCUUUCAUGGUGUGAUCUCUGUGAGAAACUCCAUACAAACACAACACCCAAAGUAUAUGAAGACAUAGACCGAUGGUGGAAUAAAGACACUGAUUGUGUUAACCCGAGACAAUUAAUGAAAUCUUGGAAAAUUUGAUCAUUUGCAGAUGCUAGGCUUUGUGAUGAUGUGAUGGUACCCGUAUUGAAUACUACUCUAGUAACUCUAGUAUACCUCGAUCUUUGUUCGCUGGGAUAAUUUAAAUGGUUCUCAGAAAUAUUCUCAUAGCCAGUCCUUUAACUUUUGAAAACAGCGUUUCUAAACAUACCGACUACAAUAUAAAAUAUUAAAAGCAACAUUUUCUAUUAAAAGCAGCAUUUUCUGAAUUUGGGAUAAUUUACAAAGACAACGACAUAUGGUAGAUUAUUUAAAAUUCAGAUUCCGUUGUCAUUGACGAUAUCGAAGACGCUAUUGUGGCGAUUCACGACCCAAUGAUCGAAAUUGGGAUUUCAUAUGAUACAUUAUCAAAAGAGCUUAAUACAUGCAAAGAAUUAGCGACGAUAAAGUCCCAUGAAACGAGGACCAAGUGAUUGAAGAGUUGAAGCGACGGUUAUGUCCGCCAUUUGUGACAACGGUAUUUGACUUUACCGUUGUCAGGCUAUUCCGGUGUAAAAUAAAUUAUGGUCCCUUGGGGAUUAUAAUUGUAAUUAGGUCACCUUAUAAAUCAAUAGAGAGUAGGACCAAAAUAUGAUAGGACCACCUACCCUUUUACACCGGUUAGGUGUGAUUGUUGUAGGUGCUCUAUACCAUCGAUUCUGGGCCGAUAUAAAGAUGGCAGCACCAACAGAAUCCAGUAUUAUCUUUUUUUAUGAAUAACAAGUGCGUGAUACAGGGGUUGCCAUUUUAGUAAAGGGUGUAAAUACGUUUCUGUGCUUGAUACAGGGUAUAUUUAAUGGAAAAGGUUAAAUUAUGAUGUUGAAUUAUUGGUGUCUAUCAUAUAUUUAAGAACUGCCAUCUAUAUAUGAAUAUAAAGUUUAAAUAACUAACGUGAACAAAAGAUUAAUGAGAUUCUGAUUGUUUUGUUCUGAGAAUGCUGCUGCCAUCUUUGAAUAAACUCUAAAUUAUCAAUGAUAUAAUUAUAAUCUAUUGUGAUAACGAACACCUCCCAAUCUGAAUGUUUUUAACUGCACGGUGGCAUUUGGAUUAGACAGGUUUUACUGUAUGAGUAAUAGUAAUACUGAAAUUAAAAAAAUCUGAAGGCCUAGUCAAUCUAUUUUGGGAAAUAUUCUCAGCUAUUUGAAAUGAAGAUCAACUUUGUAAGAAGUCUCUAUAAUUAUUUUUUUAAUUUAUACAAUAACAUUAUACUCAACUUUAGUUCAAAUUCCAAUGCUCUGGCCUUGGCUAAUCAAAACAGUUCAUUGCAAUUGUUUCAUCAAUUAUUAUAUUAUUAUAUUAAUAUAUCAUAAUUAUUUCACAUGCAAAUACUGUACUGCCACUAAUAUUUGAUGCUGUUAUCUUUCACAAUUUUGCAAUUUUGAAAUUUUGCGGAUAUCAAUUUUCGCUAAUUAUAAAUUUUUUAUAAUUUUGUAUCUAUUUCUUUCACCAUCAUAUCAUUUCUCAAAAAAAUUUCCAGCUUAUUUGAUUAAAUGUUUUUAAAACCAAGAAAUAUGAAUGAAACAGUACCUUCUUACCUUUAAUUAUUGCUAUACCAUGUACUUAAAGCCUUUACAUGACACCUAUCAGCUAUCACCUGCUUCAAAAGCAUAGGUGAAACUAAACUAUUGAAAUCAAGUGCUCACUUUAAUUUUUUUUUAUAUUUUCUGUUUGGGAAAAUCUGUUAGUUAUCAGCUGCAUUUUUGUCAGUCAAGAUUUCUCUUCAUCAAACCAAAUCAAAUCCAAGGAAUGUUUAGUCAAAUAUCCAGUUGUUCAGGAAUCGAACUCAAUUCAAAGAAUGAUUAGUUCCAUAGUGUAAACAUAUACAACUUUGAACAAUAUUGGUAUCAGCCAUUAUGUUACAUUAAAAAAAAAACAGAAUGUAAAACUGUAAAAGACUUUCAUGUAAGCAGGAAAUUUCUUGAAAGAAUACUAAAGGUUUCGCAACAGAAUUUAGACGGUCAUAUGUUGAAUUGCAGAAAUUUUCUGAAAAUGUAAGGUGUGUAUGUUAGGCCAAUGCAUUAUCUAAAGGAAAAGUACUCAUACAGAUGAUAAAAAAAUUGGAGAUUGAGACAGGGAAGGUGCAAAGACCCCAUCAACAUUUUUUUUCAAAAAUGUUUUCCUGAUUUUCAGUUCCUUCCAUUUUUUUUAUAAUGUUUUCACAUUAAUAUGAUGCAUUUGUAGACAAAGUUAACAUACUAAAGAGAAAAUAUUUUCCUUUUAAGAGUUUAUUUGUGUCUCCAAAUGCAACAUACUGAUGCAUAAAACAUUUAUAAAAAUUGAGUAGAAGGGGAAAUUUUAAAUUCAACGAACAUAUAGGCCCACUGAGCAUUUAUUUUGCACAGGG